UAAUGUAAAUCAGUUUGUCCAGAUUAUUUGAAGAUUAUGGUUAACAAAAUUUGCUUAGGGCUCAUUGGCGUUUUGAUGUUGAAUUCCGUCCAAGGAAUAAAACACGUCGAUUGUGGAUUGUGGGUGCAAAAUGCAAAAAUUGAAAUGAGAUGCAGUUGCGAUGACGGAGAAGUGCCCUUUGGAUGGUUAUGUCGUCCAGAAGAUGCUUCCUGCCCAAAUGGUUAUUUUGAUAUUUUUGAAAACCGAUGUAAAUGUAUUCGAUACGUCGAUGAAUAUGAUUCGAAUUCUGCAUGUGAAGACCUCUGUGAUGAUGAAUGUGAAAAUGGGAUUUGUCUGGCUUCGGGAAGGUGUUCCUGCAAAGCGGGUUAUUCGAUGUCCAAGGCCAAUAAAUGCGAACCAGUUUGUGCAAAUGGAUGUGAACAUGGCGUUUGCGUAGGUCCUAACAAAUGCCAAUGUUUUGAAGGUUACUCCUUAACCACUUCAAACAAAUGUGUGCCAAUUUGCGAAUAUGAGUGUGAAAACGGAUAUUGCAUGUAUCCAAAUUGGUGUUCCUGCAACACUGGGUAUAGGCGCGUGGGACCGAAUAAAUGUGACCCAGUGUGUUCCGAAGAUGGAUGUGGUAUUGGUGCAUGUGUAGCUCCUGGAGAAUGUGAAUGCCAACGUGGUUAUUCUAAGGACGACGACGGAAAAUGUUCAAUUUGUGGGCAGGAAUGUGAAGACUACGAAUUUUAGAUCUUUAAAAAUAUUAACGUAACAUAAUUUUGUAUAAGUUUGAAUAUAUUUUUUAAAAUCAAAAUACAAUUUUAUGAGAGUAAUUUUUUUGUAUAUCGGUUAAAUACAUGUGCUAGUUUUGAAAA